CAGAGCGGCCUGGGAGGUGUAGUUCGGGCUGCGCAGCGAUGGCGUCGUGGUGGGAGUUGAGUUUCUGGGGAACUGCAGAGGCCUGAAAAGAGAUUCAUCUGUCUGUAGCUGAGGCUUGGCCCUGCAGCUUUUCCCCUCCUGCCACUUCACCAACCCCCAGCUCACAGGCUCUGGUUCCCCUGAAGUCCCGGUUGACUUCAAUAUGCUUCGACGGAAACCAACUCGCCUGGAGCUCAAGCUCGAUGACAUUGAGGAGUUUGAGAGCAUUCGAAAGGACCUGGAGGCCCGUAAGAAGCAGAAGGAAGAUGUGGAAGGUGUAGGAACCAGCGAUGGUGAAGGAGUUGCUGGACUCAGCAAUGACCCCAAAAGCCGGGAACAAAUGAUUAAUGAUCGAAUUGGUUAUAAACCCCAACUCAAGGGCAACAACCGCACAUCUCAGUUCGGAAACUUUGAAUUUUAGAGAUGGAUUCUCUUGCAUGCCAGACCCCUGGGACAGAAUACAAUGAUGACAGAAGUACCAACAAGAUUUAGAGAAUUAAGUGUGUGCAACGAAGCAGAAUGUUUUCUGUCUCCUGCAGGGAGAGGUGACUUCUGUGUGAAAUUACUGCUGUCCAACCUUUCUGAUAGGCUGGAAGCCAAAUUCUGGCUUGUUCCUGAAAAAUUGGACUGCAGAAGGCUUACCUGAUUUUUGUUUUUAAAAAUAAAUAUAUUUUUGGAAAAAAUGUGAGACGUCCUUAAAGGCAGCAGCACUGCUAACCCCCAGCUCUGACAGGUAACUGCUACAAGUGACACCAUCCUCCUGUCCUUAUAAAAAGACCCCAGACCCUGAACACUUGCAGUUGAUCCCCUGGACCGACUUAACGUGUUUAUUCACUGUAUGGUGACUGCUGACUAUCCUUCAAGCAUCAGAGAUCCCAGAUGAGUGUGCUCAGGCUGCAGUCCAGCACUUGGGAGGCUGAAGAAGGAAUCUCAAAGAGUUGGAGGCUAGUCUGGGCUACAGAGCAAAACCCUGUCUCAAAAUGUCAACCAAAGGAACCAAGACAAAGAUCCCUGCCCUCAUGGAGACUGGAUUCAAAUGAUCAUAUUGUCAGAAUCAAAUUCACUUACAGGAAGGCUUUACACAGGGGGAAGCACAGUGAGAGAUAUUCUGUUCUUCACUUGGGACUUCACUCGCACAGCUCCCAUCUGAGAGCUACUCUGGAUACUUUCGCACCAUGCCCUAUUUUUACCACAAAACCCAGGGACAGAACCACCAGCCGUGGAAGCCAGAAUAUCUGGAAUCAAGUUUCAAAGAAACUCCUUAGCUGGGAUUUACCCAGGAUUUUGGAUAGCUCCUGAGUGAUGUGAAUGGGAAGGUAGAGACAGGGGGAUGUAUAGUUCCCUCUUCUGCUCUAAGCUUUUCUACAAAACCUUUAUUCUAGUUUUAUUGAUGACUCCUAAGUCCUAUUACCUUCCUGUAUUAGAACACAAUAAAACCCCCAAGACACAGGCUGUACAUAGACCCUUAUUAUUGCAGCCUGCAAAGGCCUGACAGGGGGCCAAGGAAAGAAAGAGAGGGGUCUGCCUGCUUCGGUCCUUCACUGCAACUCCCCAGUAGGAUUUCCCACAGUUGUUUUUGUGCCUCCCGCAUGUCUUGCCUUUUGUACUGACAGCUGUCAUGCAGAGGGCUGUGUGAGAGUGCUGAGUGAUUCGUGAGGAUUCUCUUAGUUCCUGAGAGGGCAGGCACACCAUUCUGAGUUUGCAGAUGUGAACCAGAGCUCAGCCACAAAGUGGAAGGUAUGGGGCUGCCUGCUUUCCAAGCCCAUGCUUCUUAAGGGCCUCAACUACAUUGCUCUAAGUGUUCUCGGCUGAGACUUUAAGAAAGCAGUGUGUGGGGGAGAGAAGAUUUUCUAUUUUCAAGUUUCCAAGAAUUUCUUCUAUGCUUUCUUAACAGAAUGAGACAGUUAUUCAUCAGUAGACCAGGACUUACUGCAAUUGCUAAUCUUUUUGGGCAUACCUAAAUUAUAUGUAUCAAUCCUGUGUUCCUUAGGCUCUGUUUGUUUCAGGACUACCAACACCUAGGAGGUUAGUCACUUUAUUCAGAAGAGUGAGCUUUUUUUCCUGAAGCCUUCAGGUGUAAUAUAAUCAGUACACAGUAAAAAUGUAGUAAGGCUUGGGCGCCUGUCUUGUGUGGGAUGCCUUAUCUGUAUUACUCUUAAUUUAAAUAGGUGCUAGUACACAGUAAAAAUGUAGUAAGGCUUGGACGCCUGUCUUGUGUGGGAUGCCUUAUCUGUAUUACUCUUAAUUUAAAUAGGUGCUAGUAAUCCUUUGUGUGUAUGCACAUGCAGGGCAUGCUAGGGACUGAACCUAGAGCUUAGAAAGGUGCACGAGGCAAGCUCUCAACCAACUGAGCUACACCCAUAGCCAUUUGUUUUUGCAACAGGGUCCCUCGAUGGGCAGAAUCCCAGGCCCACCUGCAAUUAUACCCACCCGCAGUCCUCUCUGACUUCAUCUUCAUAGCUGGUUCUGAGAUCCCUGCUGCUACAGGGGGAGACAGAGAAGCUAUGGAGUGUCUUUAAACACAGUACUCAAGUGUCAGGAUUACACUUCAUUCCCUUUGACUUACAGACCAGGUUGCUGGACUCUAGGAUAGUAGAGGGCUCCAGUGGGGUAUGUACCCUCCUCCUUCCCCUAUAUUCUAAGUGGCACACUCCCUUAGAAUUCCCUCCCUUCUCUCUGCCACAGAGAAGCAGAGGUAGACUUAUUGGUGUUAGGGCCCGAGCUCUCCGAGCCUCUCAUGCUGCUGUCUAUAUUUUUAUGGUAUUAAUAAACUUUUGGCCCAAAAGGAAAAUGCACCUGUGUUUCCUUGAAUCCCCAAAUUGAAGACCUUUCACUAAGUAGUCCAGGUCUUUACUCAUGAUCUUCCUGCUUCAACCUGCCAAACACUGGAAGGACAGGUAUGUGUCACCACACUUGACUAUCAAUGACUUUGAGAUGGUUAGGAUAGCAAUUCCUAAGUGGUGUAGCAGAUUUGAGCCCACUGUCCCCAAAGGCGAUGUUUAUCACAGUAUGCUGAAAGAUUGCAGGAGAGGUGAUGAUGGGCCAUCGGGAAGACCAUUAACAGUAAUACUUGCCCUCUACAGGGAUACUACAGGGAUGGGCAAAGUCUGGCAGUGAGCCUCCUGGAAGCCAGUGCUCCCACCUAAUGGCAUGAACACAGGGGUUAUGAAUUACGGAUGAAAGGAGGCAAAGGUUAGUUUUUGAACUUAAGAAUUGCUCCUAUACUGAAAUAUUUGCCACUAAGGUCAUGCUGACCUUGUGGCAGGCACUAGAUCAGCUUAAGAGUGGCAGGAGAGCAACAAGGCCAUGCCAUGGAAGAGACUGACGUCCCAGAACCAGCUUAUUUGGACAGUGUGUAGACAGAC